CCUGGAGGCGGCAACACAACCUCCCGGAGCUCGGUCCGCUUCUCCCGGCUUUCUCGACAGUCAUGCGACGGACUUCCAACGCGCAACUUCAUUCGGAUUACAACUUUUGUGAUUUUUUUCUUUUUUUUUUUAAUUACUGAAGAGACUAAAGCCAGCAUGGGGGACUAACGAGGACUGAGCCUCUGUUACCCCCUUCCAGCCAUAUUUGUAUUUUUUUAAUGAAUCCACUUUUUCCCUCCACUAAGAGCAUGGAUGGUUGUCCAUUGCAGCUGGUGAUAUUCCUCUGGUGCCUGUUGGUGAUUUCCGCCUCCAGCUUCGAGAUCGGCUCCUACGAGCUGGAGCGAGGCAGACCGGCCAAGUGCGAGCCCAUCUCCAUCCCCAUGUGCGAGGGCAUCGGCUACAACCUGACCCGCAUGCCCAACUUCAUGAACCACGACGACCAGAAGGAGGCGGCCAUCAAGCUGAACGAGUUCGCCCCGCUGGUGGCGUACGGCUGCGACGCGCACCUCCGCUUCUUCCUCUGCUCCCUCUACGCGCCCAUGUGCACCGACAAGGUGUCCACCUCCAUCCCCGCCUGCCGGCCCAUGUGCGAGCAGGCGCGGGAGAAGUGCGCCCCCAUCAUGAAGAAGUUCAGCUACACCUGGCCCGACUCGCUCGACUGCUCCAAGCUGCCCACCAGGAACGACCCCAACGCUCUGUGCAUGGAGGCGCCGGAGAACGAGACCAGAACGGAGGGCAAGAAAGGUGAGGGCAUGCUCCCCGUUCCCCCUCGGCCGAGGCAGCCGGGCACCGGCGGCGGACGCUCGACGGGCGGCGGCGGCGGCUCAUGUGAGAACACGGACAAGUUCCAGUUUGUGGAGAAGAGUCAGUCGUGUGCGCCGCGCUGCUCCCCCGCCGUGGACGUGUUCUGGUCCAGGCGGGACAAGGACUUUGCCUUCAUUUGGAUGACGGUGUGGUCCAUCCUGUGCUUCGUCUCCACCGCCUUCACCGUCCUCACCUUCCUCCUGGAGCCCCACCGUUUCCAGUACCCGGAGCGGCCCAUCAUCUUCCUCUCCAUGUGCUACAACGUCUACUCCGUGGCCUUCAUCAUCCGCUCGGUGGCCGGCGCCGAGAACAUCGCCUGCGACCGGGAGCACGGCGAGCUCUACAUCAUCCAGGAAGGGCUGGAGUCCACGGGCUGCACCAUCGUCUUCCUCAUCCUCUACUACUUCGGCAUGGCCUCCUCCAUCUGGUGGGUCAUCCUCACCCUCACCUGGUUUCUGGCCGCGGGGAAGAAGUGGGGCCACGAGGCCAUCGAAGCCCACAGCAACUACUUCCACAUGGCCGCCUGGGGCAUCCCCGCUCUGAAGACCAUCGUCAUCCUGACCAUGAGGAAGGUGGCCGGGGAUGAGCUGACGGGGCUGUGCUACGUCGGCAGCAUGGACUCGGGUGCGCUUACCGGGUUCGUCCUCAUCCCCCUCUCCUGUUACCUGGUCAUCGGCACGUCCUUCAUCCUCACCGGCUUCGUGGCGCUCUUCCACAUCCGCAAAGUCAUGAAGACGGAGGGCACCAACACGGAGAAGCUGGAGAAGCUGAUGGUGAAAAUCGGCAUCUACUCCAUCCUCUACACGGUCCCCGCCACCUGCGUCAUCGUCUGCUACUUCUACGAGAGGCUCAACAUGGACUACUGGAAGCUGAGAGGCCUGCAGGCCACCUGCGGCGCCUUCAACGGCCACGGCGGCGACUGCUCCCUGCAGGAGUCCGUUCCCACCGUGGCCAUCUUCAUGCUGAAGAUCUUCAUGUCUCUGGUGGUGGGCAUCACCAGCGGGGUGUGGGUGUGGAGCUCCAAGACCCUGCAGACCUGGCAGGGCCUGUGCAGCAGGAAGCUGACGGACAGGACUAGCGGCAGGAAGCCCUGCAGCGGGGUGAGCUGCAGCAGCACCCACUGCCACUACAAAUCACCCGCUGUUGUUCUGCACAUGGCCAAGACAGACCCGCACGCAGACUGUCCCACUAAUGUCUGACACCUGCAAACGUGUGUGUGCGUGUGUGUGUGUGUGUGUGUGAGUGUGUGUCCCAUACAAAGAGCUGCUAAAAAGACACACAAAGUACACUAACAGUAUUCGGUGCAUUCGCCAUAUUGUCCUAAAUACCAGCGUUUGUUUUUGUUUUUUUGCUCUACAGUAGUACCUCAACUUACAUGCUUAAUUGGUUCUGGGAGCGAGCUCUUAACUCAAAACGCUUGUAUCUCAAAUCAACGUCUCCCACCGAACUGAAUUGAAAACAGUGCUUUUAGAUAAGAAGUAUUGUAGAAUGCAGUACAGACAACUGCAAUAGUUUGAUGAAGUACAGUCGUCCCUCGUCACAUCGCACUUCAUAUAUAUUAUCACAGAUUUUUUUUAAAUAUUAUUGCAUAUUUUAAAACAACUUGGGCCCGAAAUUAGGCAUUUUCAAGCAUAAACAUGAAAAAAUUAACAAAAUCCAUACAACAGCCGUAUGAGCCACUUGAGGAGAUGAGACCAAUCGAAAUACGCUGUCCACUGAUUGGCUCAGCCUCAGCCAGCAUUGCUAUAUUGUCUCUGCAACCCGGGGUCAGGCCAAGCUCACCCGAUUAGAAAAAAAGCUUCGAUUUAUAUUACGUUGCUUCAGUUCAAUAUUCAAUAAUUGUAGAGUAACUAAUAAAAAUGUAUAAAAUACAGACUUUAAAUACAUAGUUUCUGCUGCAAAAGAGCAAACAUGAAAGCGGUGG